AUGUCUCUGAAACCAGGCAGCCCAGCGCGCGUGGAGCCAAUGCAGCCGGUGAAGGCGCCGCGCGGGGGCCGCGUGAGGCUGGAGUGCCAGGCGAGCGCCCGCCCCCCGCCGCGCAUCACCUGGUACAAGGACGGCAAGCCUGUCGCCGACAUCGCCUUGCGGAGGUUCCGGGUGCAGAACUACAGACGGCGCUCGGUGCUGGUGAUACGGCACGCCCGCCGGGAGGACUCGGCGAGCUACGAGUGCAGGGCGCAGGGCGCGAUCGGCCCGCCGGCGGUCGCCAGGGCCGUCGUCAGCGUCCUCCCGCCCACCACGGCCGCACCGGACACCGGCUCGCUGCGUCUGAUUCCCAAGAGGCCUAUAUUGUUCGGAUUCUCGGCGGUCGACAGUUGUUUCCGACGCAAUCGCACAACCUCUUUGGGCGCACCAUGUCCGAUGCCAGACCCAUCUUCGUAUUGCCUCAAUGGAGGCACUUGUUUAUACUUCGAAUUAGUUCAAGAGCAAGCUUGCAAGUGUCCAGAGGGAUUCAACGGGCAACGCUGCGAGAACAAGGACGUAUCGAAUAGGAGCAGUAUGGGGGAACGACUAUGG